GCCUGGGAGAAUGUAGGUCAUGUGAGGGGUACAGUAUUUAAAGAGAGGCUCUGUAGUGAGAGAAGCUCAAAGGAUCUGUUGUAGCAGCUACUGACAAUGAAGUGUUUGGCUGUAUUCCUCGUGUUGAUUGGACUCUCCCUGGCCAUGCCAGUUGAGAAACAAAAUGCUGAAGCUGAGAAGAUUGACCUCGAUGAAUUGCUAGGAUUGAUCAAUACUAGUCUCUUCCCUUCACCCUCGGUAUGGCCCUCCUUUACAUGGCCCUCCUUUCCUACCAGGAAGGGUACAGCUAAUGCACAGGAAGAGCAGCAAGCUAAGGCUCAACUUGAUCCUCUCAGCAUUGCUACAAUAAUAGCAGCAUUGAUACUAGCUGGUGGUGGUAUUGUAGGUGCUGCAAUAGGAGCUGGUGGUAGCAAAGGACUCGACGAAAUUUCCCUUCAAGAACUAGCUGAUGCUCAAGGACCCAAGAAGAUCACGGGUAAAGUAGCAGGCAGUGUUGCUGACGGUGCAGUUAGUGGAGAAAUGGAUGGAGCAAUGGGUGGAACAAUCAAAAAUCUAGCCAUGGACAUCUCAGAGCUCGAUAGCCUCCUUGGAAAUCAUCAGGCUAUUCAACAAGACAAUGCUAAGGACAUACUAGUGGAUGAUUUGCUUUUUGCAGCCGCUGAUCAACUGGGGAAAACCCUUCUAACACAAGAGCAACUGAAAGAGCUUUUCCAGCUAGUUCAAAAGAUGGCUCCAUUGAUUAAGGGCUGAACAUGUGAACACACAGUCAUAGUAGAGUUGUAGCUAGUGGAACAAUUCCAGCUGCAUGAUUAUGAGUACGGUAGUUUAGAAAAGUUUGAACAGUUGACAAAAACUCCAAUAAGGAAUGAAUAGCAAGAGUAGCUACUCUUGGCUGUACAGUGCAUUCAGUAGCUAGAGAGAGUAGAUUAUCAAUCACAAAUGUUGAUAUUUUAUGAUUAGAAUUCUAAGAAAA